CAGACACCUCGCUUUUACGACAGAGUGACGGUACUCUUCUAUACUCCAUAUCAUUUCGCCACUACCUAAAUGCUUAUUGGACCACCUGAGGCUCUAAUGCGACGUUGCAAUUCGAUAUAUUUGGAGAGCAGAAAAUGAAGGACGCAGAGAUGGCGGAAAAAGAGGAGGCAGUACUUAACCAUCAGUGCCAGAACUUUUACCAGAGCUGCAGACCUGAUAGAGGGAGUAGAUGGCGAUAUGCACAGCAUAUCUCAGAUGGAAAACCCCGCAUUGCAGGAUACAGAUAGCAAAGAUAGUCAGUUGCUAAAAGAUGAAGCUUCUAAGUCACUUUGUCCAGCUACCAGUAUAUCGACCGGCCACCCUAUUAAAUGUUUCGGUUGUCACGUUCAGAGACCCAGCCAGCACCAAGAUCGACAUUGAAGACCUAGCGUAGAGGGCGUGGUUCAACAGAACAUCGGGGCAUGAAAGUGGUAUUGUUUAGACGAAGGGUUUUUUCUCUUUCUACUAAAGGGUCUGGCGACUCGAAUUCUAACUCUAACCUUCAAAUGAGCUUGAAGAACAUAGUCAAGGUCACGUACAAGGAAUGGUUUUAUGAUGAAGCUGAUAUGUUGGAAAUGGACGCAUACGAUGAACCUGAUCCAGACUCUGAUAUGGACUAUGAAGAAGACUAUAGGAAGAGAAAAAAAGGAAAAAAGACUAGUGGCCGGGGACGCAUUGACUCGCCAAGCACCCCAGGCAGGCGCAAGGGGACCGGACGUGGCAGAAAAAAAGCAGCUGGGCACAGUUUUGAACCAACACCAGGUGAUCCCGACAAACCUUAUGCUUGCGAACGCUUAAGUUGACUCUUUUGACGAUAAAAUCAAGCUUUCGGCAUUCUCUAUGGAGCCUUCAUCAGGAUUCUGAAAACACAAUUGUGAUGCUAGCAAACAGGACAG